AUGGUUAUCUUCACAAGGUUAUCUUCACAGGAGUAUCAAACUCCGUAUUUACAAAACAGUUAUAAGACCCAUACGGAUGUGAGACUUGGACUGAUCAAAGAAGAGGAGAAAUUAUUAGUAGGCGAAAACUUUAUGCGGAAGAUUUUAGGCGCGACAAAGAGGAUGGAAACUAGAGAGUCAGGAAAAGCAAUCCCCGGCGGCAGCGACAGAUGUCGCUGGAAAGACUCAAUGAAGAAGAACCGUGUGGAUUGUAGUAGCGUGGGAUUGGUUGGUGGGGUCUCUAGUUCCGGAGGCCUAGGUCACUUUGCAGGCUGCGCCAGCUCAAUAAUUGCUAUGAAGUCGGACGAAGCAAUUGUACAUAGUUUAGUAACGAGCUGGCGUCUUCGGGAUGCCUCCUGUCCGAAUCAUUGCAAUUUGGCAUUUAAUGUACAAUACUAG